UUUAUUUAGGCGUCGCAGUGUGCUCGCGACGGGCGACACGAGUCAGUUGGGGUGCUGUGUUGUUGCUUUUCUUUGGUCUUUUGGGGAAAGGGGAAGGAGACUGGUGGACGGAGAUGGGCGUCCAUUUCGCUGCGGGUCUGAUGGCGAUGGCUGUGGUGGCGGCCGCGGUGGCGGGGUCGGCGGCGCAGUCGCCGCCGGAUUGCGUGUCGAAUCUGGUGGGUUGCGCUGGGUACCUGAACUCGACGACCACGCCGCCGGAUUCCUGCUGCAAGCCACUGAAGCAGGCGGCCAAGACUCAGCUGCCCUGCCUCUGCUCCCUCUUCAACAACACCGCCGUCCUCAGGGCCUUCAACGUCAACAUCACCCAGGCCAUCCAGAUGUCCAAGCGCUGCGGCGUCUCUACCGACCAGCGCGCCUGCGAAACCGCCACGGCCAGCGGCACCACUGCAACUCCAUCGUCCUCCAACAAUGACACCGGUUCUUCUGCAGGCAAAGACAGCAGCUCAGCAAAUAAGGUGACAUCAAUCGGAUUGCCUGGCCUGGUGAGCUUAUUGUUAUGCUGGUGGUCGCUCAUGACAUAGAGAGCUGAAGUGAUCCGUUUGGUCCAGAGUGUGGCUCUCGCUCUCAAUUAUUUCUUUCUUCGAAACAUUUGAACUUUGAGUGUAUGCUGAAGUUGUUUGAUGCUAGAGAAUCAUGUCAGUCCAGUUAAGUUCCUCAUGUGAAUCUUGCUCUGUAUCUUCCUAUUCCAAUCAUGCAUCCUUGGUGUUCAUUGUAAUAUCCUUGUGUCCUUUUAGCUAAUUUGUGAUGCUUUAUUGGCCAAUAUAUAAGAUGACUAGCUCAAGAGUGCA